UCCGUCGCCACCGUCUCUCCGGCAUCUCUCAGCUAUCGACUCCACCUUCCCCUACUAUAUUAUAUUCCAUCUUCUUCCAUUUCUAUCCCUCUGCUUUAUCAUACAUUCAACUUUGAUUUCAAAGUUUGGAGCUCUUAACACCCAAAUUCAUUUUCGAUUAACCGUCUAAUCGAUUCAGUAAUCUGUUUAAUUGGGCUAAUCUUAUCCGCCGAUUGUUUUCAGCACUUGCAUUUCUGAUCGUCCUUGGUUAUGAGGUCGGGCAAUCUUUGGAUCCAGAUGGUGAUUUUGUUGUCACUGCAUUUGAUGCUAAUUAUUGUCCGGUCAGGAGCGGUGAUGUUUCUGAUUGAAGGAAGCCUUGGCAAUACAUUUCACACAGCCACAAGAGAUUACAGAUUAACCCUUGAGUGUUUGUUAAGUUCACCAUACAAUUUACAAGUACAUUGGCAAGAAAGGGAAAGAACCAAAAUGUCCAUUUGAUUACAACUUUUAAGAUUGCACAUUUGGCCAAUAUCCUUUGAAAGAUGCCCAGCAACACUCAGCGAAGCAGCAGCGUCAAGUAUCAAAAGGAAUAGCUAAGGUACUUGCGGAGCAAUUGAUACAUUUUCAAUCAAAUAAGUUCCUUCCAAGAACAUGUCGUCUGCAACCUCCAAGUGGUUGAAAGGAUGCACAGGGUUGCAGAUAUUGUUUGCUAAUGGGAACACCUGUAAGGUACUGGAAAGUUGGUAGAUAAGUUACACCUAAUAUAAAAAAUUAAAAAUAAAAAUAGAAGUAAAGAAAGAAAAAGUUAAGAAGUUUCAGCUUUAAACUCCAGUUUAUGACCAUAGCUUGCAUCAAAUUUCUUCAUAUGGUUAUUUGUUUAUGGAGUUUGUUGCUAGUGUAUUAUCAGGAAACUUAGUAGUAGGAUGUUUAGGAACUUGCUCUCAAUUUAGUCAAUUUAAAUGGUAAAGGCAUUGAAUGAUUUAAUGCAUCACAUUGUUUGAGGAUUUCUCUUAGAAGAUGGUGGCAGUUCUCAUUUUACUUUAAAUGUCUUGCAACCUAAAUUUUCUUCAUGCUCGUGUCUAUAGAUCCAUGAGAAGGCUGUAAGGUACUGAAAAGAAAAUAAAAAGAAGUUUCAAGCUUUAAAGUCUAGUUUAUGACCGUAGCUUGUAUCAAAAUUCUUCAUAUAGUUAUUUAUUUAUGGAGUUUGUUGCUAGUGUAUUCUCAGAAAACACAACAGUAGAAUGUUUAGGCACUUCUCACAAAUUAUUCAAUCUUAAGGCAAUGAAUGAUGUAAUAUAUCACAUUGUUUCAGGAUUUCUCUUAGAAGAUGGUUGCAUUUUUCAUUUUACUUAAAUUUCGUGCAAUAAUGGAUGGCCUAAAAUUUCUUCAUGCUCCUGUCUAUCAUUCUGUGAGGAGGCUGUGAUAAAUGUUGCCUCUUUUUAAAAGUAGGCAGUUUGCAUUUACUUGCCAGAUUGUGCAGUAUUAACUCUCCUGGGUUGUUUAAUAUAUUGUUGCGAAACGGACAAGCAAUCCAAGUCUGACCAUUUUUUAGCUCUGAUUUUUGCUUUUUUUUUUGUUGGUGCAGCAAUAAAUAACAUUUUGAAACUGAUAUGCACCAACAAGGAGGUUUGCGUGAACAGUGUUUUUAAAAAUCUCACAGCUAAUGUUCCUUUUAUUUCAUUGUGUUCAGUUAUACCGUGAGAUAAUAGAAUCGAGGGUGCUUCAAUGUGUUUAUGGUUCACAUAGAUUUAUUCCUUUUAGCGAUUUUUGAAAUAAAUAAAGCUAUACAGUAUUAAAGUAGCAUUAAAGUUUGCAACCAAUGCAUUUCUUCGCAUUAUAUAUCGGAGAUGAUUCCUUUGGCGCGUCUAGAGAUAACAUUAGUGAGCGCAAGUACAGAAAGUCAGAAAGUCAUUAAUUGUCUUGACGCACAGAGUUGAGUCAUUUACGAUGAUAGAAUACUCGAGCGUCAGUUACAAGCGUUGACAAUGAGACCUGAUUCAAUGAAUAGUAGACGCCACAGACAUAACUAAUCAUCUUUUAAGAGGCUCUAUUUUUCUGCAAUGGCAACCUUGAGAACCAGUGGCGGAGCAAGCUUGAGCAAAAAGACUUGCAGAAGAUGGCACUGGACACAGGAGGAAGACGACCUCUUAACUUCCCUUGUCCAGAUGCAUGGACCAGGGAAGUGGGAUCAAAUUGCAACUCAUAUCCCAGGGAGGUCAGGGAAGAGCUGUAGGAUACGGUGGCUCAACCAGUUACACCCAGGGGUUGAUAAGAAACCGUUCAGCAUAGAAGAGAAACAAAGGCUGCUUGUGCUUCACAGAAAAUUGGGCAACAAGUGGGCUGUCAUCGUCCAUUACUUCCCUGGUCGAACAGAUAACCAAGUGAAGAACCAGUACCAUAUACUGGCAGGGACUCGGAAAUCUGCUCCUUUCCCUUCCAGAAAUGAUCCCCAUGUCCCUCUGGACAAUGAAUCUAGAGGUUUGUUUCAAAACCAGUGCAUUUCAAUGGUUGAUUCUGAUUUUUCUGAUGUCACCAGUCAAGGAACAAACUAUCAUGGAUCGGCUCCCAUGGUGAAUGUGAUGCCUGGCUUGAUUAGCAGCUCCUCGUCUGUGUAUGGCAUGGGUGGAUAUUUUACCCAGGUUGGGGCGGCCAUCCCGAGCGGCCUUGGUCCUCUCCCAAGCUAUGGCAAUUCCAUGACCUCUGAUGCAAAUUCUGCAGGUGUUGGAGGUUAUGAAUUCAUGGACUUUUUCAGGGUUGGACUUGGGAGUUCAGAUUAAAGUGUGGUUGCGUUUGUUGUUUGUUAUCUUGUUAUGCUUUUCUCACCUUGCUCUCUUAUUUCAUCUAUCCUGGAGCUGAUUUUUAUCAUAUGUAUGAGUUUGGAGACUCUAUUGUUUGGUGAUUUUCAUUUAGUGGAGACAAGGAUUUUUCAUGGCAGUUAGUUUGAUUUUUUUUAUAUCCAACUGAUAACAUUAUAUUAUUGGAU